AUGCUGGUUGCUGAAGGAGGUGCAAAUAUACUUUUGGAAUUGGAUCAUAGAGGUGUGUUAUAUCGCUGCAAUGUUCGCGAUAAGUCACUUAAGGUUAACAAUGAGUACACUUAUAAGAAUUACAGGUAUAUUAACCAAGUUGUGAGACCUUUGUUAGGUGAUUGUAUACCUGAGAUGGAGCUUGUUGAUAUUCCUUAUGACCGGAUUUCGGGCAUCAUUGGUGACUUUGUAGGUGAUCCCGAUAGUGAUCAUGUAUCAGCACUGACUAUCAAGAACUUGAGACCAACUAAUGUAUAUGGUGAAAAGAUAAGAUACGAUGAUCACUUUACAAAAGUCUAUCAUGAUGACACUAUGGAGCAUAUCUUGGUGGAGAUUAAGCCAAAAUGGUUGCACCAUGCGAAAUUCUGUAGGAAUUGUACGCAUAACAAUUUGAAGAAUCGAAAAAUACCAUAUUGUUAUGCGUUGAUGGUUGUCGACCCAAGCCACGUUUCAGAUAUGCUAUUGCACACAGGAAUUGCUUUCCCUAGGAAGUUUUUGAUUAAAUUUGUUGACUACUUCAGUAAGUCUGAUAAUAUACUCGCAAAACUGCAUGACAUUCAAAAGAAUCUUGACUCAAACGUUUCAAUGAAUGAUAUUAAGAGCAUUGAUGAUGUGUCUGAUGCUUUUCUACUUAAUAUGACUCUUAAGGAUGUUUCUUGUUUUAUAGAAUGGACCAGAGAGCCGGACUCACUGGAAGUAAAUGUUGUUGAUGUAGACAUGAAAUUGGUGUCAAAGUUAGACCAUUGGGUCAAUACCCACAUACAGUUAAGCAACUCAUCAAAUUUAGUUCAUCAUUAA